CACAUUAACGCUAUAGACGAUCUUUGUUUUACAGACAUGGCGUCUGACAACGGACUGGCCGCUCUGGGAGUGGAGGGAGCCUCAGCAGCUGCACAUGCUCUCUCCCUACCAGCAGAAGCUUAUGGAAAUGAUCCCCGGCUUGAAGUCAUGUGGGCGAUGAAGGCCUAUAACCACGCAGAGGUUUACUUCAAUCUCAUUUCAUCCGUCGAUCCGAAGUUCCUGAAGCUGACGAAGCUUGACGACAAAAUCUACUCGAGCUUCAGGGAAACCUUUAAAGAGCUGGACGUGAAGCAGCUGAAAGAAGACGACCUGAAGUCUGACGAAGCCAAAGAGAGGUGGCGUCCGUUCUGUAACCAGUUCGAGGGACUGGUGGAGGAUUUUAACUAUGGCACUCUGCUGCGUCUGGACUGUGAGAAGGACUACUCCGAGGAAAACACCAUAUUUGCCACCAGGGUCCAGUUUUUUGCUGUCGAGAUUGCCCGCAACAGAGAAGGCUACAAUGAUGUUGUUUUCACAUCUAAACGGUCAAAGAGCUAGCCUUCAGGUAAACCGGUAAAGACCCACCCAGCUGUACUCACCAGGACCCUGUAGUCAGAUUCUGCGAGUACUGCGGGUUCGUUGGUUAUAAAUCAAUGAGUCAAAGCAUCUGAGAGAGAAAAAAAGGCACAGAACUGUUUACAAACCCACUUUUUGUAUUUAAAUUUCCCUUGUGCCUGUUUCCAACGCUUGUUUAUUUUAAGUUGCAUUUUUGUGUUUAACAGAAAAAUUAAAAGUCUUCUGCAAA